CAGGUGGCCAUUUUAAUUGGCCUUGGUCUGUUUCAGCUCCGCAACGCUGGGUAGGGACGGAGGUGACGGGAAAGAAGAGGUGCGAGAGGAGGGGCUGACCCUGUGGCAUAGAGGCGGGCCUGAGGUUCGGCGAUGUCUCUCGGGGUGCCCAGCGCCAGGCGCGGGAGAGGGACCGCUGUGUCCGCGUCCUGCCUCCUCUCCCGCCGCUAUCGGCCCCGCCCCGCCCACAGAGUCCGAUGGCUGCGGCGGCGCUGAGGGACCCGCCUGAGGGCAGUGUGACUUUUGAAGAUGUGGCCGUGAACUUUUCCUUGGAGGAGUGGGGGCUCCUUGACGAGGCUCAGAGAUGCCUGUACCAUGAUGUGAUGCUGGAGAACUUGGCACUUACAACCUCCCCGGGUUGUUGGCAUGGAGAAGAGGAUGAGGAGGCGCUUUCUGAGCAGACUAUCUCUGAUCAAGGAAGCUCACAGAUCAGAAUUGUUAAGGCAGGUCUGUCUCCCCAGAAGGCCAAUCUCUAUGAGAUGUGUGGCCCGAUCUUGAGUGACAUUUUUCACUUGGCUGAGUACCAGGUAGCACGCUGUGGGCAGAAACUACAUGUGUGGGGCAUGUGAGAAGCCAUUUUAUUUCAGAGGAAACCUCCAUAACUAAAAGCAGCACACUGGAGAGAAACCAUUGAGAAGUGAUGUGAGGAGAACAUUGUUUGUGAACAGCUGAAAAUUCUAUGUAUCAAGGAAGCCCUUUACCUUUGGGGAUGUUGGGAAGGACUUCCUGGGCAACUCAGGAUUUCUUCACCAACAGGCCACAUGCACCUGGGAGAAGUCAAAUAGUGGAACUGAGCGUGAGACUCCCUUUCUAAGGGGAAAAAAAUCAUUAUAAAUGGGGAUACUGCCCAGAAACUUUCAGUGGCAAACACACUUGUUCAGCACCAGAGAGUCCUCACUAGAGGAAGAUGUUACACAUGCAGCUAAUGUGGGAAAUCAUUUAGCAAAAGCUCCCAUCUCAUUAGACAUGAGAGAGUUCACACUGGAGAAAGGCCUUAUGAGUGCAGUGAAUGUGGGAAAUCCUUUAGCCAAAGCUCUAACCUCAUCACACAUCAGAGAGUUCACAGUGAGAAAAGGCCUUACAAUUUGGGGAAUAUGCUGAAUUCUUUACCUACAGCUCCAGUCUCUUAAAACACUAGACUGUUUACACUGGAUCAAGGCUUUGUUAAUGCAAUGAAUACGAUAAGGCCAUUAGCCCAAGGUUUUGACUCUGGAACCACAGAUUUCAGAAGGAAAAAAACAUCUUACAUGUGCAGGGAUGUACAGUUUCCUUUUUCAGUAUGUCAACACUUGAGAUCCCUCAUCAUGGUACCAUCUGAAUUGAACCUCAUACAUCCAAACAUCUGCAAACAUCCCAGGUAUGUGGGAGCUGCACUGUACUUUUUAAUCUGCCCAGGUCCCUUGCCAGAUUUCUGUCAUUGACAGUUUCUGUGGCCAAAGCCAUUUCACCUCUCCCACCUGGCAGGUACUCACAGUGUACAGCAUUCACCCACCCCAGGGUGUUCAGGGAAAGAAACAUUGGUCUUUCCCAUUCACAGGAGGGAUUGUGAGAAGCCUGAGCACUCACUCCUUUCUCAUUUCUUUGAUGAGUUAAGUCACUGACCUGACCCAUUUUUGGCCCAAAGGACUCUGCUUGUGACUUGCAAAAAUGGACGACCUUAUUCAGGGAUAUUGUUGGCCUCACAUAAGUCCUAUGAUAGGAUUUUCUAGCCCACAUAACUCCUAUGAUAGGAUUUUCUAGCCAUCAAGUCACCAAUCCAGGAGUAGCUUCCCUCCCAUUGCUCUGGUUUGUGCAAUUAUAAAGGUCUCACUCUUUAAGCCACAUUUAAUCUUGAGGUUCCAUUCACUGUAGGGGAUGAUUUGAAAACACGGGUUCUGCUAACAUAAAGGACUGAUCAGCUUUUGUUGGGAAUCCCACGCUUUGUGUGCCUUAAGGGCACAAUAUGAUAGCAGUUAUACCUCUCUCCAUUUUGGCCUUGUUUGCAUUAUUGCCCAAGGCUUCCAAGGAAAGACUACAGAGCUUUCUGGUUCUAAUUUGUGGCCUGAGUGCCCUAUUUUCUUGGUUCAGAGGUCAGCCUGGGGAAGGAGCAAUUGUGACAAUCUUCCUUGCUUCUGAGAGUAACAUGAAAUUGUUGUCUUGUUCACAGGGGAUAUUGCCUUGAGCUCAGCAUUAGUGAGGAAAAUAUUCUCCCAGGUCCUGCAGUAGAGCCAUGUGCCCUUAUGUGCAGAAUUCUGCAGUGUAGCAUCACUGGUUGUAAGAUUAUAGGGGGAAUGAUAAUUGUUACAGAAAACAUUGGAUUAAUAGUGGGAGGAGGACACUAUUACAAGCUGGUUGGAAUGUGCCUCAUUUAAAGGGGCAUCCACAAUGACAGUGUUCCAGUCACUGUGGCUGUGAAGGAUGAGCAUGUACAGAAAUUCUCAGAUCUCCUGAAUUGAGAAAGGCAUUACAAGAGAACAUAAUCUGAAGGUUUUGUGGAUUUCUGUAGCCUCUGUGGGCUAUCCUCCUCAAGGCCAUUUCUGUGCCAGACAGAAAAAUGAGAAUAGAGAGAAGGGAUAUCUUUUCAUCAAGUAAUGGACUUUGUGACCCAGACAGUAUUCCUGUUGAAUCAGGUGGGAACAGUCUUCAUUGCUUCCUUAUAUUUUUGACCACUGAGGCAAGGUGACCCUCCCAGGAUGUGAGGCAGAAAGUGGUGAAGUCAAUAUAGGGGAUUUUACAAAAAGAGUAAGAAAUCCAGAUUUUUAUUUUGGAUAAUAUUUUUAAGCUUUAAUAAGGUAUGAAUACAUGCAAUAAAAUGCACAUGGUUAAAAUAUACAAUUUGAUAAGUUUUGACAUUUAUAUAAAUCCAUGGAACCACCAUCACAUCCAUAAUAAACCUAUCUACCUUCA